CGUUGUGCAUUUUUUAGAAACUCCAUUGGAUCUUGAGUUAUCCAGACCCAUAGUGCAUACUCCAGUAGGCAGCUAUCGGGGGCUUCGGGCCCAGGAUGGGAAUUACUCUAAGUUCCUGGGUAUCCCGUAUGCGAAAGUUGAUCCGGACAACGUUUUUGGUUCUCCUAUUCCGCACAAAAUUGAAGGGAUAUUUGAAGCAGUCGACGAUACAUCAAGGUGUCCUCAACAAAGAAAAAAAAUAUUUGCUGGGACACUGGACUGCCUUCACGUCAACAUUAACGUACCGAAUAGUGCCAGUUUUGAUAAUCCCUUGCCUGUCCUGAUCCAAAUUUUUGGGGGAAAAUUUUAUAUCGGAUCUGCACGCAGUUUUCUCUAUGGACCACGUUUCAUAGUCAGACAUGACGUCAUUUUCAUUACUUUCAACUAUCGCCUUGGCCCUUACGGUUUUAUGUGUCUAAACACUUCCAAAGUACCAGGGAAUCAGGGUUUAAAAGAUCAAGUACAAGCACUGCGUUGGAUUAAAGAAAAUAUACGAUAUUUUGGCGGAGACGACUCUAAAAUCACUAUAGCGGGGAACAGUGCUGGUGCAAUGUCUGUGGAUUUCCAUCAGAACUUUCUACAGGAGCAGCUUUAUCACAGAGUGAUUUUGCAAAGUGGCGUUUCGUUGACUCAUGAUAUUACCGAAGAUUCAAAUCCUGAUCGAGAUGCACCUUUAAAAUUAGCAAUGGAAUUGAAUUAUACAACGAAUGAUAUAAAUGAUGCUUUAUUGUUUUUAAACAAAGUAGAGCCACAGGAACUUAUUGUUGCAACAUGGAAAUCUGGUGUAUUCUUUGGACCGUGUGUUGAAAAGCAAUUCGAGAAUGCUGAUAUCUAUAUAACAAAAUAUCCUGCUGAUUUGAACACAAUUACUCGUAGAGAUGUCGAUGUCCUAAUUGGUAUUACUAACGAUGAAAGCUAUUCGUUCAUAACUAGAUAUAUAAAAAAUGGUGUCUUAGAUUUGCAUACGGACUUCGUGUCUUUGAUAAUAGAAUCUCAUUUUGAAUUUAAUAAUGCAAGUAAGCUUUCAAAUGAAAUAAAAGAUAUUGUCCGGAUGUUUUAUUAUGGUGAUGACGUUCGACGUCUAGAUAAGAGAACAGAAAUGAAUAUACAUGCCGAUUUUACUUUCCACAGUCCAAUAUUCAGAACUGUUAGAAAAUAUUUGGAAAGUGGCGUAGAAAACAUGUACUUUUAUAUGUUUUCAUUUUGUGGUGAAAGGAAUUAUUUCAAAGAUUACAUGAAUAUACCCUGUACAGAAGGUGGAGCUUCUCACGGAGAUGAACUGGGAUAUUUAUAUGACAUUUCUUACAUGAAGGAGCGGUUGCGAGAUGAAGAUAUGCUAAUUGUAGACAGGAUGACUGAACUUUGGACUAAUUUUGCUAAGUAUGGAAAUCCAACACCGAAAACAUCCAAGUUAAUUCCUGUCCAAUGGCCACGUGUAUCCCGGGACAAACUGCCAUAUUUGGAGAUAAACACAGAACUACGCCUAGGUUCCAGACCGAUGCACGAGCGGAUGAGCUUUCUAGACCUUCUGUACAAGGACAUUGGACAUUAUCAAAGGUGGAUAAGCAAUGACUGAACAAUGAAACAACUAAUGAGCAAGA